CUAGAAAGAAGCAGAAAGCUAAUUAAGAAUGUGUGUGGGUUCUUCAGAGUGGAUCAUCUGCAGUAUUUCCAUGCAUAAACGUCGCCCAAAGCGUUCAAGACUCCAGCUUUAUCGCCUUAAAAGGAGGAAGAGAAGAGAAGAGGAGGAGGACAUGGAAGUGAGAAACUUGAAGCUGUACAUGGAAAACAUGAGUAUACUAGAAGAGAACGAGAAUCUGAGGAAGAAAGCCAGCUUGCUGCAUCAAGAGAAUCUUGCUUUAUUGUCUCAGUUUCAACACAGAUUCUCCUGUGUCCCCUUACCUCCUGCUGCGCUGCUGUCUCCACUCCCAUGAAUCUUCUACUCCAUCAUUCAUAAAAACAGUAAACAACCUUCUCGUACUACCUCGUACCAUAUAUAUAUAUAUCUUGCUAUAUUAAUUUGUUCAUCACUAGUCACUACAAUAUAUUACCUCUGUAAUUCCUGCUAAUAAUUAGUCAAUCUGUUUUGUUA